AUGCAUAAGUGUCACAUACAAGCAAUAAAAGAAAGAAUUAGAAUAGAAAAAGAAGAAAAAGAAGGUUCAAAUACUAAAACUACGACAAAAAAACAUAAACAAUCAUCAAGUUCAUCAAGUGAAGAAAGUAAACCACCUUUUACAAGCUCAGAAAUAGGGACAAGUUCUCAGCAAAAAAUAGAUGAUUACUCUAUUGAAUUGAAUGAAUAUGAUGAAGAAUAUAUAGAUAUGAUAUUGACAAGUAAAGAUCCUAUAUACAAAUUUGCUCAAAUGUUUACUAAAGAAGAUCUUGAUUAUAAUUAUCUUAGAUAUAAAAAAAGAUUUCAAUAUAAUAUGACUCAUCAUUUGGAUGGGUAUAAUUUUAUAGAUACGUUGUAG